AGUAAACAUGUGGAGAGUCCUGCUGUAGGAGACAUAAACCCGUUUAAUGGAGAACUACAGUAAAGCUCGUUGGGUGGAGCAGCCGUCUGUCUGUCCGUUCCCGGGUCUGCCCGCCGAUACGCCUGAGGUCCGCGUCAAAGAUGGCAGCAAGAUCCGCAACCUGCUGCGCUACGCUCUGAGCCGCAUGGAGCCAAGCCCCGAGCGGCGGGGGGGGGGGGAGGAGGGUCGACCCCCGCCCGAGGACGGAGGCGCGGCUGACGAAGCGCCGGUCCGUCCGCUCUGCCGCCACGUGGUCUUCACGGCCAGCGGGAAGGGCGUCUCCAAAGCCAUCACCUGCGCCGAGAUCGUGAAGCGGCGGGUCAAAGGUCUCCACCAGGUGACCAAGCUGCUGUACAGCGCGGUGGAGGAGGUGUGGGAGCCGCUGGAGCCCGACGCCGGCCUCGACAGCCUGACCGUCAGCAGGAACCUGCCCACCAUCUGGAUCCUCCUCUGCAGGGAGCCGCUGGACUGCAGCCAGGCCGGAUAUCAGGCGCCCGGCCGCUAUGACGCUCUGUGGGCUCAGACUGCCAGCAGGGAGGAGGGGGGGGGCUUCACCGGACAGAGAGCAGGACACAGGAGGAAGAGAGGAGGAGGAGGAGGAGGAGGAGGAGGAGGAGGAGGAGGAGGAGGAAGCAGCAGAGGAAAGGGAGCCGGCCGUCAGACUGGACGCCCCAAAGAGCCGAUUAAAGGACAGAGCUGAUCCAGAUCUUAAAACCCUCUGAAUCCCAGACAGUUGAACUCAGUGUGGUCUCAUGUUUCCUGCUCCUCUGUAGAUUCAGGACAAGCUUGUAUAAGCUGAUGUUACUCAAUUCUGUCUUCAUGUUAAAUCUGUUAGAAAAAAAGAAAAAAUGAAACUUGGAAGGAAGGAAGGAAGGAAGGAAGGAAAGGAGGAAGGGAGGGAACCAUUUACAUUAUUAGUAUAAGUCCACUUAAAUACAUGCUUUUCUUCCUUCCACCCUCAAUUCCUUCCUUCCCUCCUCCUCCUUUCCAUCCUUCCUCCCCCCCUCCCUUCCUUCCACCCCCCUUCCUUCCUCCCUCCUUUCCUUCCAUCCUUCCUCCCUCCCUCCUUUUCUUCCUUCCACCCUCAAUUCCUUCCUUCCCUCCUCCCUCCCUCCCUCCCUUCCACCCCCCCUUCCUUCCUCCCUCCUUUCCUUCCAUCCUUCCUCCCUCCCUCCUUUUCUUCCU